AUGAAGGCGACGCUACUCUCGGUUGGGCUUCUUGCCUGGAUCAUUUCUGUGGUCUCGGCGACUGCACUAACCUACAAGAUCACCGCCAACGAGAAGGCCUGCUUCUACGCCGCCCCUGAGAAGAUAGGGUCAAAGAUUGCCUUCUACUUUGCUGUCCAAUCGGGAGGCUCCUUCGAUAUCGACUACGUAGUGACUGGCCCGUCCGACAAGAUCAUUCUGGAUGGAGAGAAGGAACGCCAGGGCGAUUUCGUCUUCACUGCCAACGAGCUGGGCGAGUACAAGUUCUGCUUCAACAAUGCGAUGAGCACAUACUCGGAGAAAUAUGUCGACUUCGAGAUUGCCGUCGAGGACGAGGCACGAGCCCAACUUCCAGCCAAGCAGGGCACGACCCCAGAGCAGACAUCCGCCCUCGAGGAGUCCAUCUACAAGGUGUCGGGCCAGCUGUCUACCAUCACGAGAAACCAGAAAUACUUCCGCACACGCGAGAACCGAAACUUCAGCACCGUCCGAAGCACGGAGGGACGAAUCAUCAACUUCAGUUUGAUCCAAUGCGCCAUGGUAAUUGCCAUGGGCGGUCUGCAAGUCUUUGUCGUUAGAUUCUUCUUCCAGGGCGCGCGCAAGGGUUACGUAUAA